AUGCUUCUGUCUCAUUUUGCUGAUAGUUUAACUAAGUCUAUCGAAGGGAAGUAUACCUAUACUGUUUUGAGACCCGACCCUAAUGCUAGCCCUCCGAAGCGGAAAAUCCCUACUGGAUCCAAACUAAAGACUGUAAACGAAGUUGCUCUGAUACCAGAGACAACCUCUGCAGGAGCUGAACUGUUUAAUGUCUUUCAGGAGGACUGUACUAACAGAUUAUCUAUGAUUCCUGCUGACAAAAACCUUGAGAAUCUAAAGAAAGUUAUCAAAAGUACAAGUGGAGUACAACCUGCACUAUUUAUCCCUGAUGGAGUUUUCAACACCCUGAUUACAAAGCAACUUGACAUGUUCGAUCGGCCCUCUGAAAAUGCCAUCACUAAAUCUCAUCAGUGCAUUGCAGAGGCUAUUGAUAUGGUCGCUGCCAAAGCUAUGAUUCGGUACCCCAAACUAGAAAGAGAAGUCAUCAACAUAUCCAAAGAUUUCCUUUCAAAACAAUCACGUGAUGCUAAAGAGUUCAUGGCAGAAUAUCUGGAAGUCGAGAAAUCCUACAUCAACACCAAUCACCCAGAAUUCAUAGAAAGGUACCAAGUAGCUGCAGCCCUCUUUGCUGAACCCGACAAACAGGAAGAGAAACAGAAACAAAAACAGAACACUAACCUAUUUGGCACCUACCAUCAACCCGCCACAAAAGAGAAUGUUCUUGACAAGCUGAUGACCAAGUACAAGCGAGGAGAAGAUGCUUCGAGUGAGGAGAGAGCAAACAAAGAGGCUGAGCUGAUGGAGAAGCUACUGAUCCACUACUUCUGUAUUGUUAGGGCUCAUCUGGUGGACAUGAUCCCUAAAAUUGUGAUGAAGUUCUUUGUCAGAAAACUAGCAACAAACUUGAACAGUAUCUUGAUUAAAUCUCUCUACACAGAGGAAAAGAUCAAUGAUUUGGUCCAGGAAUCUGAUCGGGUGACUAAAAGCGAAAAGCUUCAUCUAAGAUGA